AUGAAUGCAAAGAUGACAAUUUGGAAGUCUACAUUGUGCAACCUGGAGAGAGACUUUCCAUCUACGGAUCGUGUUCCAUUCUUUGCUUGGGCAACUGGGAAAGCAUCUAUAAAUGACUUUGUUCUGCCGUCAGUCUCUUGUGAAAAAGGAAACUUUCUGAAAAUUUCUGCACCGCAAAGAAUGGAUCUUCCGGUGAUUCUGAAAACCUCAAUCGAUUCAUCGACCGCAUACAAACACUCCCGAUUGAAAUUUCGACUGAAAGAAGUGGCUCCAAAGUGUUAUUCAGAUAUUAUGCAGAUGAUAGGAGAGAAAGAACCGGUAGUUCUGGUGUUCAAUAAAGUUCUAGAUACAGCAGAGGCUACAGUCUCUGGUGUUAUUACCAACUUCUUGAUUCAUUCUUCGAUUCAAAAACAAAUCAUUCUCCCUCCACAUUUCCAUAUAAGCCGCGAUGACUUUCGCAUAUAUCCACAAGAUGAUGAGGCUCGUUUGAACACUCAUCUAAAUCGGUUGAACAGUCUAAAAGCGGACGGAGUCAAGACAUCAAUCCUCCCAAUUGGCCACAAAGGAGCUGGAAAAUCAAAUUUGAUGCGGAAUUUAGUGAAUCGGUGUCUUUCGAAUGGCUACGAACACGUAUAUGUUCUUGACUGUGAUAUUGGACAAAGCGAAUUCACUCCAAAUGGAUGUAUCUCAUUGACAAAAGUGACGUCUCCGCUUUUGGAUAAACCAUACGGGCAUCAGAAGAAAACAUUUGAUAAUUCAUAUUUCUAUGGUGAUAUUACAGUUAACGACAACAACAUUGAUCAUUAUAUGGAUAUAUUUGAAAGACUGUUCAACAAGUUCAAGCUAAUUAGCGAGCCAGGAUCGGUAUGUAUCGUGAAUUCAAUGGGCUGGAUAGUGGAUGAAGGAGCUGAAAUAUUGGAUGGAAUUAUUCGGGUUAUCGAACCAGAUUUGUGUGUUGAAAUCUUCAGAGAUCAGACAGAGGCUCGUUACAGUUUCAAGGAAUUCGAGAAGUGCAAAGUUGUCGAAAUCUUCGCGAAUAACUCAGUGGGAGUUAUUGGACUACCAAACCAGAAAAAGCUUCCUGCUCCUUUGCACCGUGAAUUGACAAUUACCGGAUAUUUUUCGUCACUUUUGCCAAGGCCAACUAUCGCCAGUUUUGCUUCGGUCCCUCCAUAUAGACUGAAUUUCCGCAACAUCACCAUUUGUCUUCCUAUGGAUUUACUGGUCGAAGAUUGCCACAUUUUUUCAUCAAUCAACACUCAACUAAUCGCUUUGUGUGUCAAAAAUCCAGAUUUAAAAACACGGAAGCUGAAUGGUAAACAGGAUAUGCCAUCACUGAGCGUGAUUGAUUCGACGUCUCCUGCUCUGCAAUGCAUUGGUUUCGGAAUCAUUCGAGGAGUGAACGUCGAGGAACGAUCUGUAUACGUGGUUACUCCAGUCAAUUUACUCAAGUUACAAGAACCACCUCUUCUAGUUAGAGGCAUGCGAAUCCAAACGCCGUCUCAGUUCUUCACAGCAGAUCCUUACAACAGAUGCCCGUAUGUGCUGAAUCUUCCGGACAAAUCAUCCCAUGCUAGUGCUAACCUGGAUGGUCUAUAUGAGCCAUCUAUAAAUACGACACAAUUCAAAAGAAGCAGGAGAUUUUGA